CUACACUGACAGAGGUGAUGUUUUUUGGUAAUUCGUUAUUCGGUUUAUUUUCAAAAUCCAACCUCCAAAUUCGUUUCACAAAUACCGAGCCUUCUAUUUUACAUUGAUGUAAUAAUUUAAGAAGGAAAUACCACGAAAUGGCACUAGAAAGAAGACGUAUGAGAGAAAUUCCAUCAGAUGCGAUAAUACUCACAGAGGAGCAAGCACUACAAUAUCAAACCAAAAUUUUAAAUAACUGGAAAGCCACCUCAGAUAUCUUUUGGUACAAAUAUGGAUCAGUCUUCUUAGGCACCGCCACAAUGCUAUCUGGCGCUUAUGCAAAUAACUAUUUGAGAAGAAAAUUUAAAGUUAUGAAAUUUGGUCGAAUAUCCUCAUAUCUCCCUAUUAGUGUUGUUCCUGCUAUGAUGUCAGUCCUUUUUCAUCAUCAGUUUGUUUUAAAAAAUUUGGUCCUUUCGAAUGAUGAUACAUGCCCCAUUUGUAUGGAGGUUAGGGCCUCAUGUGUACAAGCAGCCUCUGGGAUAAUCUUGCCUGUAAUUCUGGCCCCACUUUCUACCAUAGCUAGUGGUAUAUCUUUUUUUAGUUGGUCCAUAAAUAUUCAACAUAUAACAUGCCUUACCUUACCAGUGAGCCUCUAAAGGUGGCAAAACUAUUAGUAGAAAAAAUGAGACCUGCAGCACACAAAUUCUUUUGGCUUGUGAUAGCACACGCUGCAUUAGGUAGUGUAGUUACCUUUUUGGAGGCAAAUUCAAUAUUCAAGGUAAAAAAUCAGCUGAGAAAAUUGGAAGAAGAAUUCGAAGGCAAAAGGUGAAUGUGAAUAGUUUAAGGUAGUUUUUUAUUAUAUAGAUUUUGUAUAUUAUUUCAAAUUAAGAAAAUAUCAUUUAUGAAAAUGUA